AUGGAUAUGAUUUCCAAGGUUCCCAUUACCCUGAUUCAGACCGAUAUGCCAAUAAGCGGUCCUAAGGCCGGAGAAGUAAAAUGGACAUUUGGAAUUGCACCGCCACCAGAAGGGGCCGACACAAACCCAGGGAUCUGUAUGGCUACGAUUCAUGCAGUUCUCGGCAGUCGAAAGCCGAAUACCCAAGAUACCUCCUUAUGCGCCAAGAUACGCAUGCCAACAAUGUCACCCAGCAAGGACCUCAAAACAUUUACUGUCAUUCAAUAG